AUGGCGGUGGGUUGUUUUGAAACAAAUCAAAAAUUGUUAAAAUUAGAAAGUCCGAAAAAAUCACGUUCGGAGAUAUUGGGGACGUCGUCAAUGAUAAAAAAUCGUCAAAAAACAAAUAAAUCGUCUGUUAUAAAAGAAAGUAAAUCGAAAAAUUCAAUAAAUAAUUACGAUUAUGAAAAUUUAUCAUCCAUAUUUAAUAAUUUAGAUGUCGGUGGCGGUUGUUUACCAAACGAUGAAGAAUUAGGUAUCGCAUUUGAUAAAUUUUGGGAUUCCGUUAAAACAGGUUUGGAAAAAAAUUGUACAUUGUUAGGUCCGGACACGACGUCGAUAGAUUCAAAAAUGUCACAAAUACAUAAUAGAAUAAUGUACAAUCAAGAAAUAUUAAAAUCCGCAAAUGAAAAAUUAAAAAGUAUUAAUUUUCAAACGGAAAAGCAAAAUUUUAACAUGUGGAGAGAUAAUAUGUAUAAAAAUAAUUCAAAUGAAAAUGAUGGGAGCAAUAGUAGAAAAAUCGAUAUAAAAGCAUUAGAUUUAGAAAUAGAAAAAUUAAAACGUAGAAAAUCGGAUAAAAAUGUUUUUUUAAAAUCAAGUCCGGGAGUAUCGAAUUUUCAUAAAACAAUGGAAACGACAUUAAACAUGUUGGAUAAAAUUCAAAACGUUAACGAAUUUCAAGAUAAUAAUUACGAUUCGAAUAUAAAUGAUAUUAAAAAUGAUUUUCAUUUAAGUUAUAUUAAAUCUCCGGAUGUGAUUGCAGUGUCUGACGAAGAAUAG